CUUCCUCGUCAGGGAGUGAAUCACAACAUCCAUGGGCGCUUUCUGCCUCUGAGUCAGCCCUGCCUCUAUAGAGAGUGGGGUGUGGCGCUCUUGGAGAGCAAUAGGACCCAUGAGACAUUCCCCCCCACCCCGCCCCGAUUUUCAUUAGGUUGGGGGUUGAGGUGAAAAGAGAGAGCAGCCCUGUGAUCUUAGGUCGUGGUGGAAACUAGAACGUACAUUCUUUUACCACGUGCAUUCUUGAAGUUCUCUGUGAUGAGCAGCACCACUUCAGUCUCUUACAAAGAUCAAAGAAAAUAGAGUCAUUAACAGACUGGGUGCUGGAACCAAACAGAUCUGCCUUCUCUACUUAUAAGCUGUAAGACCCUGGGCAAAUCAUUUAAUUUCUUUAAACUUUAGUCUUUUCUGUUUUCAAACAGGGAUGGUGUUUACAUGUGAUUUGUAGGGUUCUUGCGGGGAGUGAAUGAGAUAGAGGAAAAGCAGCUAGCAUAUGCCUCUCUGUGCAGAAAAGAAACAGACUGUCUAGGAGCAGAGACUGAGAAUCUUCCAGAGAUACUGUGUUUAACUAUCUGUGAGUGGCAUGAGUUGAGUGGUAAUUUGCCUGGGCAUGAAGUUAAAUCUCGGUUGUUGUAAGGCUGAUGUGAAAGAGUAGAUCUGCCCUAUAUCCAACUAUAAGCAUUCCUUUGUUGUUCAUGCUUGUCACAUACAUAAGAAUCCUGGAGAAUUUAUACUUUAUUGCUUUAUCCUAUAGAGAUAUUUGAAAAUUUAAGGAUUAUAAGGCUCUCUACUGAAUGUCAAGAACAUUUAAUAUAGCCGGUGGGUUUUGAUAUGUAAAAAAGAGAGUAGAAAAAACAACACACACACACAAAUCCAAAAUGCAGAUAAUCUGUACGUGAUUUCUUUUUGACCCUAGAUGAUGGGGCCUCAGAGACAUCUUUCUGUUUCUGUUAGGCUGAAGCCCAUAUGAAUAGUCACACACCACCAGAUGCAGAAUGCGGCAGGGAUUCAAGAGUGACAGCAGCUACGACUUCCUGUCCGCUGAAGAGAAGGAGUGCCUGCUCUUCCUGGAGGAGACCAUUGGCUCACUGGACACGGAGGCCGACAGCGGACUGUCCGCCGACGAGUCUGAGCCAGCCACCACGCCCCGAGGGUCGUGGGCACUGCCCGUGGCCCAGCCUGCUCCCCGGGGGGAUCCAGAAGAGACGGUCGUCCAGCAAGGAGCAGAGCCACGGAGAGUGACUCCGUCCAGCUCAUCCCAUCCUCCUGAGCCCCAGGGCCUGGGCCUCAGGUCUGGCUCCUACAGCCUCCCCAGGAAUAUCCACAUUGGCAGGAACCAGAGCCUCGGGAGAAGCACCCCCCAGGCCAACAGCCGCGUGGGCGCUGGAGAACCUGAGAGGCCGGCAGCAGAGCCGGAGAAAGCGCCAGCCAGCCAGGGCGGCGAGCCGGGCUGGGCCCCCGCCGGCCCCCGGGGGGCUGCCCUAGAUUUGGACCUGGGACUCAUCCCCCCGCCAGAGGCUUUCCGGGACACCCAGCCGGAACGGUGCAGGGACGGCAGCCUGCCCAAGGGGCCAGGACAGCAGAGCCGCACGCCUCAGCUGCACGCGCCAGCCAGCCCCCAGAAGAGGGAGCAGAUUCCUUCAGAGGCCAUGUCCCAAAAAUCCAAGGACAAAGACUCGGAGAGGCACCCAGGACACCCAGGGCCGCCUCCCGCCGUGCCGUCUCAGAGUGCAAGAGCGGAGGAUGCUCCCCUUCCGUCGGGGGAGGACCCGCAUGCCCGACUGCCCCCCCUCACAGCCCCUAAGCCCCGGAAGCUGCCCCCCAAUAUUGUCCUGAAGAGCAGCCGAAGCAGCUUCCGCAGCGAUCCCCAGAACUGGCUGUCCCGCCAUGCUGAGGCCGCCCCUGGGGAUUCCGGCCCGGUCUCCUCUCUGGUGCAGGAGCAGCGGAAAGCACGCAGAGAGGCGCUGGAGAAGCUGGGGCUGCCCCAGGACCAAGACGAGCCCGGCCUGCACUUAAAGCCCACCAGCUCCGUCAGACUCAAGGAGACUCGUGCGCAGGGCCCUUCCUGGGCUCCGGCUCCGCCUGCAGGUCCUGCUCCGGUCUCAGCCGCUGUCCCUGCUGCAGGGAAGGCUCCUGCUCCAGCUCAGGGACCUUCGCCCAUGAAGGCCCCUGCUCCGGCUCCAGCUCAGGGGUCUCCUCCAGGCAAAGUUUCCAUUCCUGCCCAGGAAACCCCUCCAGGGAGUGUUGCAGCUGCCAAGUCCAUGCCGAUCCCCAUCCCUAAGGCCCCGAGGGCAAACAGCGCCCUGACCCAGCCAAAGCCAGACUCGGGGCUGACCCUCCCGCAGAGCAACGUCCCCGGCCUGAGACAGGUGAGCUUCAAGUCCAACACGCUGGAGCGCUCGGGCGUGGGGCUGAGCAGCUACCUCUCGGCCGAGAAGGACGGCAGCCCCAAAACCAGCACUUCUCUGGAAAAGGCCUCCUUCUUGGACAAGCUCUCGCCCAGCGUCUUGCGCAGCUCCCGGCCCCGGCCGGCCUCCCUGGGCACGGGGAAAGACUUUGCAGGCAUCCAGGUGGGCAGGUUGGCUGACCUGGAGCAGGAGCAGAGCUCCAAGCACCUGUCCUACCAGGGACAGAGCCGUGACAAGCUUCCUCGACCCCUUUGUGUCAGUGUCAAGAUCUCCCCAAAGGGCGUCCCUGACGAGCACAGAAGGGAGGCCCUGAAGAAGCUGGGACUGUUGAAGGAGUAGACUCUGGCCACUGGUGCCACCAGCACGGCUAGCACCGCCCGCCACCGCUGCACCAGGAGACAGGGGGUUUGCACUCGGGAGACUUUGCCACCUGACGACUGGACCCAGGGCUUGGGCAGGGGCGGGCUGCUCUCAGGGGCUCCCCGAGGAGAAGGGGAGGGAGAGAUUUGAGCCCAAGCAUGUUUUUAUACUCAGAGUGUUGCGCCACCGUGUGCCUGGACAAGCGUGCGUGUGCACGCACACGUGCGCGUGUGUGUUGUGGGCUGUGUGUAUCACUGAAGCUAUUUAUGUAACACAGGAGUCCUUGCUCGGAGUUCUGCCCUUGCCGGAGAUGUUCCCACCGUGAGUAGACUGCAGCCUGGCCAGAGCUGAGUGGGGGCCAAGCCUGAGAAGAAAAGCCAAGCGAGACAGCGGGUAUGCAGUGACUUGGAAAAAAGUUCCGCCCGUCAGCUGCAAGGUCACUUGAAAUGUGGCCUCCCAGAGCCCUUGCAGUGGCCAGAGACUGGCUCACGCCUUGCUAGGUCCCUUUCUCAGUUCCAGCCUCUGGACAAGGCCAGGGGCCAAGAGGAGUUGGUUGGUUAUCUCCUCACCCACUGCCUGCGUGGUGUCACCAGCCCCAAGGGUAGGACACAUCCCUGUCACUAAACCUCUCUGUUGACUGAUAGCAGAACGGCCCUCGCUGGCCUGAGGAGGCAGGAUAAGCGACCACAGGCUGUCGCAUACCGGGGAGAGCCCUUGUCUACGAGCUUGAUAAAUCCAAUAAAAACUGUGCUGUGGUCCCUGACGCUGGUGUCCCCCUGCUCUCCAGCUGCCUGUCUCGGUCUGCACGUGUGGUGGACCCUGAGGCUGGGAUGGGAGCCCCAGCUCAGGGCCCUCACGAAUACCAAAGAACUGUU